AUGCGACGAAGUUCUAAUGAAGGUGCCGUUGGGGCUCUGGAUGGCAUUUCAAAGAAUUUCAUGAGAAGUCCAAGGUUUAAUCUCUUAUCUUCAUUGAGAUUGCUAGAAAAUGAUAUUUUAAAAGAAGAAAACGGUGACAGGAAGAAUGUUCCAAAUGCUGUUGUCAUCAUUACUGAUACAAACUCUCAGCAAAAGAUGUCAGAAAUUGAAACUUUGACAAAAUCAAUUGAAAGUAAGAAUGGAGUUUUAUAUACAAUUGGAAUUGGUCUGGUUGAUAAAAAAGAAAUGGAAAGCGUGGCAUCAUCCACUGAAAAUGUGUUUACCUUUUCUGAUUAUGGAGAACUGGAACGAUAUGGAGCAAUACUGAGAAAGCAAAUAAGUGCAUGUUGUGCUGAUGCUAGAUUUGAUCUUGUGUUUGUUCUUGAUGCUUCAACCAGUGUAACAGCACCAAACUUUGAGUUGAUGAAAGACUUUAUGAAAGAUUUCCUUUUUGAGGCUGAUAUUGACAACGGCAAUGUUAGGGUAGGUGUUGUCAUCUACAGCACAGGGGAUUAUGUCCAGUUCCAGCUGAAAGAUUUUUCAAAGAAAGAAGAUGUAUACAAUGCUAUUGAUAUUAUUCCGUAUCGCUAUGGCAACACCAACACUGCAGAUGCUUUGAAAACAAUGAGGACAGUAAUGUUUACUGCAGAGAAUGGAGAUCGUCCAGGCGUUGACAACAUUGCUAUUGUGGUGACUGAUGGUAUAUCAAACAUAAACAACCUGAGAACCAUUCCAGAGGCUGAUAAAGCACGUGCGCAAGGGAUCCAUAUCUAUCCUAAUGGUAUUAACCUGACAGACACUAAAGAGUUGGAUGGCAUUGCCAAUAAACCAUUAAGUCAGAACAGGUUUUCUGUACAGAAAUUCACAGAAUUGUCUCCCCUAAGAUACCGGGUGUUUUCUGCGCUUUGUGGGGGUAAGUAUGCAUGUUCAAUUACUACAAAACCAGAGCCAAUAACUUCCAGAGCAGAACCAUUCAUUCUGCCACUACCUAAAUCAGAUUGUGCACUGGGCAGGGCUGAUCUUGUUAUUGUUGUUGAUUCAUCCACAAGUGUUUCUAAAGUGAACUUUAAGAAGAUUAUAAGUUUUCUCAAAGACUUUGUUUCCAAGGCUGAUAUUGAUUCUGGAAAUGUUCGUGUGGGUCUGAUAAUGUACAGCACUGAAGUCUAUCCAAUAUUUGACCUGAAUACCUACACCAAAGUAGCAGAUAUUAUUCAAAAAUUGGAUACAGUUGACUAUAACUUUGGAUCAACAAAUAUAGCAGAGGCACUGGAAGUGAUGAGGACAGAUUUGUUUACUCCAGACAAAGGAGACAGGGCUGAAAUCCCCAACAUUGCUCUAGUUCUCAUUGAUGGUUUGUCUACAGUAAAUCCAGAGCAAACUGUACCCAAUGCUAGACUAGCCCAGAAUGAUGGAAUUCACAUCUACACUGUUGGUAUUGGCCUUUCUGACUAUCGUGAAUUAGACGGCAUUGCAAGCCCUCCUGCAAAAGAGAACAGUUUUAAAGUUGCUUCCUUUGAUGAUCUUGUGCAUGUUGAUGACAUGAUUUUUGCUGCUGCAUGUCCAGAGGAGUUUACCUUCACAAAACCAAGUUGUGUUGAUGCUAGAUUAGAUCUUGUGUUUGUUCUUGAUGCCUCAACCAGUGUAACAGCACCAAACUUUGAGUUGAUGAAAGACUUUGUGAAAGAUUUCCUCUUUGAAGCUGCUAUUGACAACGGCAAUGUUAGGGUAGGUGUUGUCAUCUACAGCACAGGGGAUUAUGUCCAGUUCCAGCUGAAAGAUUUUUCAAAGAAAGAAGAUGUAUACAAUGCUAUUGAUAUUAUUCCGUAUCGCUAUGGCAACACCAACACUGCAGAUGCUUUGAAAACAAUGAGGACAGUAAUGUUUACAGCAGAGAAUGGAGAUCGUCCAGGUGUUGACAACAUUGCUAUUGUGGUGACUGAUGGUGUCUCCAACAUCAACAACAAAAGAACCAUACCAGAAGCUGAAGAAGCCAGAGCACAGGGUAUUCACAUCUAUGCUAUUGGUAUUGGUCUGACAGAGACCAAGGAGUUGGAUGGUAUUGCCAGCAAGCCAGUGGAUGAAAACAGAUUUGCAGUACAAGACUUUUCAGAACUCAGAGAACUCAGGCAUAAAGUUUUAUCUGCUAUGUGCUCAACAUCUGCUCCAGUUGUUACCCAGCCACCACCACCCCCACCAACAACAGUAAAAGCUUUGGCUAAAAAAAAAAUGGACACUAGUGGCCUGGCCAGGGUAGCGAUUGUCCUUGUUUACCUGCUCUCUGUUGGCAAAGGUAUACUGGGUCACUUUGAAGGUAUACUGGGUCACUUUGAAGGUAUACUGGAUCACUUUGAAGGUAUACUGGGUCACUUAGAAGAUUGCUGUGAUGACGCAAGAGUUGAUCUUGUGUUUGUUCUUGAUGCCUCAACCAGUGUAACAGUCCCAAAUUUUGAGAUGAUGAAAGACUUUAUGAAAGAUUUACUCUUUGACGCUAAUGUUGACAAUGGCAAACUUAGGGUAGGUGUUAUAAUUUACAGCACAGUGGAAUAUAUUCAGUUCCAACUGAAAGAUUUUUCAAUGAAACAACAUGUAUACAAUGGUGUUGAUAGCAUUCAGUAUCGCUAUGGCAACACCAACACUGCAGAUGCUUUGAAAACAAUGAGGACAGUAAUGUUUACUGCAGAGAAUGGAGAUCGUCCAGGUGUUGACAACAUUGCUAUUGUGGUGACUGAUGGUGUCUCCGAUAUCAACAACAAAAGAACCAUACCAGAAGCUGAAGAAGCCAGAGCACAGGGUAUUCACAUCUAUGCUAUUGGUAUUGGUCUGACAGAGACCAAGGAGCUGGAUGGUAUUGCCAGCAAGCCAGUGGAAGAAAACACAUUUUUUGUACAAGACUUUUCAGAGCUCGUAGAUCUUAGAGAUAAAGUUUUCUCUGCUAUGUGUAACCCCCCCCCCCCCCGAAGAGAUGUUAAUUUUAUAGGUUGUGCUGAUGCUAGAAUUGACAUUGUGUUUGUUCUUGAUGCCUCAACCAGUGUAACAGCACCAAACUUUGAGUUGAUGAAAGACUUUAUGAAAGAUUUCCUCUUGGAAUCUAAUAUUGACAAUGGCAAUGUUAGGGUAGGUGUUAUCAUCUACAGUGAUAAGGAUUAUGUCAAGUUCCAGCUGAAAGAUUUUUCAAAGAAAGAAGAUGUAUACAAUGCUAUUGAUAAUAUUCCUUAUAGCUAUGGCAGCACCAACACUGCAGAUGGUUUGAAAGCAAUGAGGACAGUAAUGUUUACUGCAGAGAAUGGAGAUCGUCCAGGUGUUGACAACAUUGCUAUUGUGGUGACUGAUGGUGCCUCCAACAUCAACAGCAGAAGAACCAUACCAGAAGCUGAAGAAGCCAGAGCACAGGGUAUUCACAUCUAUGCUAUUGGUAUUGGUCUGAUAGAGACCAAGGAGUUGGAUGGUAUUGCCAGCAAGCCAGUGGAAGAAAACAGAUUUGCAGUACACGUCUUUUCAGAACUCAUAACACACAGGCAUCAAGUUUUCUCUGCUAUGUCAAAAAACCGAAUGAGGAUGAUCGUUGACAGACUAGAUAGAGGAAGCCUAGUAUGGUCUGUGAAUUCUUACUUUAGCAGUUUAAUUGACUGGACACAAACGAUCAGAAAAAAAAUGGACACUAGUGGCCUGGCCAGGGUAGCGAUUGUCCUUGUUUACCUGCUCUCUGUUGGCACAGGCUGUGUUGACGCAAGAGUUGAUCUUGUGUUUGUUCUUGAUGCCUCAACCAGUGUAACAGCUACAAAUUUUGAGAUGAUGAAAGAUUUUAUGAAAGAUUUCCUCUUUAAGGCUGAUAUUGACAAUGGCAAUGUUAGGGUAGGUGUUAUAAUUUACAGCACAGUGGAAUAUAUCCAGUUCCAGCUGAAAGAUUUUUCAAAGAAAGAAGAUGUAUACAAUGCUAUUGAUAUUAUUCCGUAUCGCUAUGGCGACACCAACACUGCAGAUGCUUUGAAAACAAUGAGGACAGUAAUGUUUACUGCAGAAAAUGGAGAUCGUCCAGGUGUUGACAACAUUGCUAUUGUGGUGACUGAUGGUGUCUCCGACAUCAAAAACAAAAGAACCAUACCAGAAGCUGAAGAAGCCAGGGCACAGGGUAUUCACAUCUAUGCUAUUGGUAUUGGUCUGACAGAGACCAAAGAGUUGGAUGGUAUUGCCAGCAAGCCAGUGGAAGAAAACUCAUUUUUUGUACAAGACUUUUCAGAACUCGUAGAACUUAGAGAUAAAAUUUUCUCUGCUGUAUUAUUGACUGGGAUUUUUCCUUUUGUCUGUUCAACAUCUGCACUUAUUCGAACUGAACCACCACCACCACCACCAACAUCUACAGUAAAAGCUGUUGUUAGGUGUGCUGAUGCUAGAAUUGACAUUGUGUUUGUUCUUGAUGCUUCAUUCAGCGUAGGAGUACGAAACUUUAAGUUGACCAAAGACUUUGUGAAAGAUUUCCUCUUGGAAUCUAAUAUUGACAAUGGCAAUGUUAGGGUAGGUGUUGUCAUCUACAGCACAGAGGAUUAUAUCCAGUUCCAGCUGAAAGAUUUUUCAAAGAAAGAAGAUGUAUACAAUGCUAUUGAUAAUAUUCCGUAUCGCUAUGGCAGCACCAACACUGCAGAUGGUUUGAAAACAAUGAGGACAGUAAUGUUUACUGCAGAGAAUGGAGAUCGUCCAGGUGUUGACAACAUUGCUAUUGUGGUGACUGAUGGUUACUCCAACAUCAACAGCAGAAGAACCAUACCAGACGCUGAAGAAGCCAGAGCAGAGGGUAUUCAUAUCUAUGCUAUUGGUAUUGGUCUGACAGAGAUCAAGGAGUUGGAUGGUAUUGCCAGCAAGCCAGUGGAAGAAAACAGAUUUGCUGUUCAAGCCUUUUCAGAACUCAGAGAACUUAGGCAUAAAGUUUUCUCUGCUAUGUGUAAGCUUUUAUAUUGUUAACAAUUCAAGCAAUUUACGCUUCAGCUGUAUUGAAAAACAUAUUAUUAUAAUAACACUUCUU